AUGGAGCAAAGUUCUCAGUUGCUUGGGGGGAGUCAUUCCUGCCUCGCACCGCCUUCGAAAUCGUCGUUUCGUUCAGGAGGAGCCGGUGGUGAAUCUUCUCGAAACACCUCCGAUGAACAGUUGCCGGACAACCGAAAGGAGACUGCCAGAGUCACCGUCACAGAGCGGAACAUGGCAGGCCAAAUUCCCCCAAUGAUGAAGAUGCAACAUCAGACCUCUUUGAUCUGGAAAGCGAAGCAACGUGCGUCCAUAUCGACCUUGUUGUCAGCGAACAAACCUCAGCUGGACCGAACCGCGGGCGGGGCGCAAAAGAGUGCCUUCCUCUCCAUCUUACCUCGCGAUCUGCAUUUCCUCCUUGCCACCACCUACGUCGACUUUGACACUUUACUCGCUCUUCGACAAACAUGUCACCUAUUCUACGAGAUGCUUCCGACCGAAGUCGUCCGCCGCGUUCGUUCCAAGUUGGUUAAGGAAAGCCUUGAGAAUGAGGCGCAGCAGUAUCGAGAGUACAGAUCCAUGUAUCCAAGACAGCGACUUGGCCACCUAUGGGAUUUGCUCUAUGCUGCCUUCGACUUCCGGCUGAUCGAGCGUCCUGCUAGAGAACUCCGAUGCUACGGCUGCCUUGAGGAAAAACCUUUGUGGUGCUUUGUCGAGAGAAUGAGCAAUCGCGGCACCGGCCUCGGAGCCAAAUUCGCCCAAAAUAGGCUAUGUAAGGACUGCAUGCGCCGAUAUCGCGACAUCGAGGGAGAAUGGUGGAAGGAGAAUUGGGUCAAGAAGAGCGAUACAGUCCGCAAGUCGAGCAAAGGCCGCAGACUUCGUCGGUGGAUGCUUGAAGGCCAAAGCCUCGUUAAUCCAGACGAGGAGGUUGGAGUCUGUUCCUCAUGUGGCAGUUCGACCUUUGAGUUGUGGUGGGGUUGUGUUACAUGCUUCGAACUCGAGGAGCAAAGACGGCGAGAAGAGGAUCUGAUGGAAAUCGACGGCUUCGAACGGAGAAUUGCCGAAGUCGUGGAGAACUGGCGAGGACGGAAGCGAAUGACGCGAAGACGACGCCAUGCGAGUCGCGAUCGCGGGAGGAGGAAGUGGUGGGCUCCCAGCUUCACAUUCGCAGGAGGCCUGUCAGAGCGAAAGGCUGCUUUGAUUGAGUGGAAAGAGCACAAGGACAACAAGAAGACUGGAACCGGUACAGUCAAUGCCAGCCAUCAAGAGUCUCGAUGGCACGCUCUCGACGACAUCCCCUUACCCAAGAGCCGCCGAGAAGCGAGAUGCUCAUCCUGUUGGGUGCCCAAUUGUCCCCGGCGAACAUACAUUCUAGGUCUGGCGUACGAAAGACCUCUACCGAGGGAGCGUUGGUGUGCCGGAUGCAAACAAGAGUUUGACCAACGACUUGCCAGGAAAGGGUACCGGAAAUGGAGAAUGAAGAUGACCAACAACGAAAAGUCAGAUAACGACUGGCCUGAGUCGUUGGCCUGGCUGUUUGAAGAGAGUUGA